AGGCUAGAGCUAGCUGGUUGUGAGAUUUUAAAUGAAACUGAAAUGAAAGUUUACUUCCUCAUCGAGGAUACUCAUGUGACAAAGUCCAAUUUCUUUUUAAAGUUAAUUCAACUGAAAUCUCUUUACUGCCUCUGAAAUUGUUGGAGCGAGCGCACCAAUUUGAGGACUUGUUAUGGGAGCAUCUGCUGGUUUUAUCACAAUGAAGUGGCUGGCGUGGGUGUUCGUGGUGUGCUCUUUGGCAAUGGCACAGCUGCACAAGGAUCCUACGCUGGAUCACCACUGGCAUCUCUGGAAAAAAACCUAUGGAAAACAAUAUCAGGAAAAGAAUGAGGAAGAAGUGCGGCGGCUCAUCUGGGAGAAGAAUCUGAAGUUUGUGAUGCUUCACAACCUGGAACAUUCAAUGGGAAUGCACUCGUAUGACCUAGGCAUGAACCACCUGGGAGACAUGACCAGUGAAGAAGUGCUGUCUUUGAUGAGCUCCCUGAGAGUUCCCAGCCAGUGGCCCAGAAAUGUCACUUAUAAAUCAGACCCCAAUCAGAAACUGCCGGAUUCUGUGGACUGGAGAGAAAAGGGGUGUGUUACUGAGGUGAAAUACCAGGGCUCCUGCGGAGCCUGCUGGGCCUUCAGCGCGGUGGGAGCCCUGGAAGCGCAGGUGAAGCUGAAAACAGGAAAGCUGGUGUCUCUCAGCGCGCAGAACCUCGUGGACUGUUCAACUGAAAAAUACAGAAAUAAAGGCUGCAACGGCGGCUUCAUGACGGAGGCCUUCCAGUACAUCAUCGAUAACAACGGCAUCGACUCAGAAACCUCCUAUCCCUACAAGGCCGUGGAUGAAAAGUGCCAUUAUGAUUCAAAAAAUCGUGCUGCCACAUGUUCACGUUACACAGAACUUCCUUUUGGCAGUGAAGAAGCCCUGAAAGAAGCUGUAGCCAAUAAAGGACCGGUGUCUGUUGCUAUCGAUGCCAGUCAUCCUUCGUUCUUCCUCUACAAAAGUGGUGUCUACUAUGACCCCUCCUGUACUCAGAAUGUGAAUCAUGGUGUAGUCGUGGUUGGCUAUGGUAACCUUGACGGGAAAGACUACUGGCUUGUGAAAAACAGCUGGGGCCUCUACUUUGGUGAUCGAGGAUAUAUUCGGAUGGCAAGAAAUAGUGGAAAUCAUUGUGGGAUUGCUAGUUAUAGCUCUUACCCAGAAAUCUAGGGGAUCUCUUCAUUUUAUAACAAGUCAAGGGAGAUGAAAAACUCUCUCUUAAUUUUAUCUGCUGUAUUCAGAAGAAAUAAGUGUCAUGAUCAGUGUAUAUUUGUCAUACUAAUUAGAAAAUGUAGUUUGCUUCUUCACUUUAUAACAUCGUAUAUCUCUAAAACAAGUUUGCAAAGUCAUAUGCAAUAGAUAUGAAAAUUUAUUUACCUGGGAGCUUUUAUAACUUCCUGGCCUAAGAGAGCUCAAUAAAUCUAUCAUUUUAAAUUUCUAAAAUUGCCACAUAUUCUUUUCAAAUUAUUCUUUGUUAACUCUUAGGCUGUCUCAUGAAAAUGUUCAUUGUGGUACACAAGCGAUGGGUUAUGGAAACUGUAAUAGAAAAUAUUACGUUAUAAAUGUCCUGAGGGCACAAUCAUCAUUGCACAUAAAAGGAUUCAAUAAAUAUUUUUAAAUUAAACCAUGUUAAAGUACAGUAUACAAAUACUUAGAAGUGAAGCUGUUUUCAAACACUUUGGAAGAAUUAUCAUUUUUAUUUAUCUCUGCAGUGCUGGGAAUCAAACCCAAGGUCUUCUCCAAACUAGGCAAAUACUCCAAAACUGAGCUAUAACUCUGGCCCUGGAAGAAUUAUUUUAAUAAUCAACACUUUGACACAUUAGUUCAAAUUACUUUCACUGAAUCAUCAACAAGUUGAUCAGGGCUUUUUUUGGGCAAAUAAUUGAGUCAACCCAAAUAAACUGAUUCUUUUUCAAAUAUU